AUGAAGAUCAAUUACAUUGGUGUUUUCCGUACUGGAGGUGACAAAGCAUUGGAAUUAAGUGAAGUGAAGGAUUUAUCACAAUUCGGCUUCUUUGAAAGAAGUAGUGUCGGUCAAUUCAUGACAUUUUUUGCUGAAACAGUUGCUUCAAGAACAAACCCCGGUCAAAGACAAAGUAUAGAAGAAGGUGAUUACAUAGGUCACGUCUACGCUAGAUCAGAGGGGAUUUGUGGUGUUUUGAUCACUGAUAAGGAAUACCCUGUAAGACCUGCUUAUACUCUUUUAAAUAAGAUAUUGGAUGAAUAUCUAGUGGCUCAUACCCCGCAAACUUGGCAAAAUGUCACAGAGACAAAUGAAUCUUUGAAAAUGAAGGAAUUGGAUACUUAUAUCACGAAAUAUCAAGAUCCUUCACAAGCUGAUGCCAUUAUGAAAGUACAACAAGAAUUAGAUGAAACAAAGAUCGUCUUGCAUAAGACCAUUGAAAAUGUCUUACAAAGAGGUGAAAAACUAGAUAAUUUGGUAGAUAAAUCAGAGUCAUUGACCGCAAGCUCUAAAAUGUUUUAUAAACAAGCUAAAAAGACUAAUUCAUGUUGUACUAUUAUGUAA